AUGGCCGCCUCUGGAAAGCUUGCCACUUUCCGCAUGCCUCCCUUACCCACUGUCGGUGAGCUGAUAAAGCUGUAUAACCUGAGAGCGGAGAAACAGCUUUCCCAAAACUUUCUUUUGGACUUGAGACUCACAGACAAAAUAGUGCGCCAGGCAGGCAAUUUGAACAAUGCCUAUGUGUGUGAAGUCGGCCCUGGUCCUGGGGGCUUGACCCGGUCCAUUCUGAAUGCUGGGGCAGCAGACCUGCUUGUGGUGGAGAAGGAUUCGCGCUUCAUCCCUGGAUUAAAGUUGCUGUCUGAAGCUGCACCAGGCAAGUUGAGAAUUGUCCACGGUGACAUUCUUACCUACAGAAUGGACAGAGGAUUCCCUAGGAGUAUAUCUAAGCCUUGGGAGGAAGAUCCACCAAACCUUCACAUCAUUGGAAAUCUACCCUUUAAUGUUUCCACCCCCCUCAUGAUCAGCUGGUUAGAAAAUAUAGCCAACAGAACUGGGCCUUUUGCUUUUGGACGAACUCAACUCACUCUCACCUUUCAGAAGGAGGUGGCAGAGAGGUUGACAGCCAGCACAAAGAGCAGACAGAGGAGCCGUUUGUCCAUCAUGGCACAGUAUCUCUGCACUGUCCACAGCCGUUUCACCAUCCCUGGAAGGGCCUUCGUCCCCAAGCCAGAGGUGGAUGUUGGAGUUGUUCACUUCACCCCUCUGGUUCAGCCCAGCAUCCAGCAGCCCUUCAAAAUGGUGGAGAAAGUCGUCAGGAAUAUUUUCCAGUUCCGCAGAAAGUACUGCCGCAGAGGAAUCGGAAUGUUGUUCCCCGAGGCGUGUCGCGACGCGUUCACAGAGGAGCUGAUGCGCAAGGCAGAUGUGGAGCCCACCCUGCGCCCCACCGAGCUCACCAUCCCCCAAGUGAAGGCGCUGGUGGACGUCUACGCUCACAUGUGCGACCGGGAUCCGCUUCUGUUCGGCUACGACUUCAGAGAAGAGCUCCGGGUCAAACACCUCACCAAGCAAAGGGGUGCGCAGACAAACGAUUUGGAGGGAAGCCCACGGAGCCCCGAGCAACCGGACUGA